UCUAUGUUGAGCUACAAGGGAGGCGGCUCCGAAAGGAAAACCUCGAGAAGAAUUGGCGCGAGGUUGGAGGUCGUAUAUGAAUGAGGCUUUGUGUAGGCUGCAAGGGAGGCGGUUGCAGGAGCUUCGAGUGAGACGAGAAUCCCAAAAAUGAAGCUAUUCCAGAGGGACAGGCCCGCCGGAUCGGGAAGGGAGGGAGGCGGUUUGUCAACAAAGAGAGGAAGAGCGGUCCCUGGUCGCAACGACCAUCUUUCCCGGGCACAAGUCGCGCCAAACCACGCGCGCGUCGGAUCGUCGGUAUGGAGGACUAGAAAGACGGGCUUGACGAAAGAAUGCGGCAGGUUGUGCGGGAUGAGCAGGUCAAUGAAUUGUCGGUGGAGUAGAAUGAGUUUUGCGACAGCGGCGAUGCAAGGCGAGGGAUGUCCCGAGGUUCGUUGAGUUCCUUGUGUCGUCUAGAAGCGAUCACUUGAGGAACUUCUCACACACAUACACACCGGGCAUGGGAAUGUUUUCG